AUGACUAAAGAUUUUAGAAAAAAAGAAAUAGGAUUUAAUUUUCGAGAUUUGCAGCAAGCAAUUACUAAAUCCUUAGAGGCAACAGUUGAGGAGAGCAAUCCUAAAAUUAUCCCUAAUGCUAAGGAUUUUAGAAAGGAAUUACGAAAAGAUGAUGAGCCAAAGCCAGAGGAAACUUAUAACAAAAUUAAGCCUUUAAUCGCUCAAAGAAAAGUCAGUGAAUUUGUAAACCAAGCAGUAGAAAAGGAAUUGCAAAAGCAACAAAAACGAGAAAAAGAACAAUUAAGGGAAAAAUUAAUUAUUGCUUAUAAAAGGAUGGAUAAAAAUAAAAAUCUCCAAAAGGAAUUAGCAACUUUAGAGGGGGAAUCGUUCCCACCUGCCAAGGAAAGCCGCAAACCUGUCCGACCAGUCUUGAUAAUCAGUGAUAAUAUUCAAAAUGAAUAUGAUAAAUGGAUGGUAGUAGUUCCAAUUACCACGGAAGAUAUUAAAAUUAUUGAACCCUUUGAAGUUUUUAUUGAUAACACUUCUGAAACUGGUUUAGACUAUCCUAGCAAAAUUCAGUUUAAUUAUCCUUUUACUGUUGAGCGUUUAAGAGAACAUUUAGGAGUAACCAGUAAAGAAAUAAUGGAACAGUCCAAAAAGGCUUGGCAAAUUGCUUUUGACGCGGAGGAAUGA